AUGGACUUUCGCUCUCGGGUAAAUAACGUCGUGAAUAAUAAUGCUCUGCGCACAAUAUUGUUCAAUCAAGUUCCGGACCCCAACACGAUCCUCAAUGCGAUCAGAGUAAACGGCAAAUGGGCUCGACGCGACAUAAAAUUCAGGGGGUAUGACGCUUUCGCCACCGUGGUGGUUACGGAAGCGGGUACACUGCUAAAUGAGACAGACUCCGGAAUCUUAAAAUUCGCCUCCUCGCUCCUCUGGUCGGAUGCUUCCAAACAAUCGAAGAACAAUUAUAUACAUUGUGCUCAAGUGGUUGAUGCCCUUCGUUGA